UUAAAUCCGUUGUAAGGUUGAAAUAAUCGGAAAACAACAACAACAACGAAAAAAUUCAAAUUACACAAAUAAACACCACUAUAUAUGCAUCCAGCACCACCACCACCAACGACAACAACAAAAGAUAGAAACGAUACCAAACCAUCAUUAUCGGUGGCCAAUUUUUAUGGAUUACAGCCAGAAGGAUUGAAGAAUACACAACAUGAAUCAUCAUCCACGACAACAGCAGCAACAACAACAAGUCCAUAUGAUUGUUAUGUAUUUGUUAUCUAUUGUCCAAAUCAUAGAAAAGUGGCCAUAUCAAAGCCAGAUGAUCGACCAAUUGUUUGGUUACCAUUUACGACAUCAUUGAUCACAUCGAUUAUUGAUGAUUAUCAUUACACGGAUAAUGCCUAUAAUGGUGUUAUGAUUAUUUUGACCGAUAAUAAUGAAAAUCAAAUGAAAAUUUUGCGACAACAAAAUCAUCCACAACCAUUCAAUCAAUGUCAAUGUAUAGAAAUAUUUCGUCUACAAUCACCACAAACAUCGAAAUUCGUUGUACGUCAAACAUAUUUUGUUGAAUUAAAUGGAUCAUCAAAUCAACAAUUUGUUUGUUGCCAAGACAAUAAACAUGUUAAAUGGAUCGCCGUUGAUGAAUUAUUAAACAAUUAUGUAGCAAACCUAUGGGGACCAGAAUUGAUACAAUUCUUACGACAAUCGAUGAAAAAACCAAUUUUGCAACAAAUACAAGAAUAUAGCCUUGAAAAAGCAUAUCAUUUUCUGCCAAGAGAAGUGCCAAGAAAUAUUGAAGAAUCAAUUCUUCGAUCAGCACGUUUAACUGAAAAAGAUGUCGAACGUCUUUAUACGGAUUUUGUGGAACAUUGUUAUCCAAGUACAUAUCAAACAUUUGAAUCAUUUCGUUGUUAUAUGGAAAAAUUUGGUUUCAAUCGUCGUGAUUGUCGUUUAAAUUCAUUGUUUAAUGCUUUUAAUUUUAAAAAUAAUGGAUUUUUAUCAUUUCAUGAAUUAUUACUUGGAUUGGCAACAAUUGAACCAGACACUGUCCAUGGUGAAUGGAGAGUACGAUUUAUUUUUCGUUAUUACAAUAAUAAUUGUACCGGUAAUCUUGAUAUGAAUGAAUUUCAAAAAAUGAUUUCCGAUAUGAAUCCAGGAUUAUCAUCAUCAUCAUCGGCGGAAUCAAUUGAUUUGAAAAUGAAACAAUCAGCGAAUGAAAUUGGAACGAAAAUUGUUAAUGGUAAAACAGUGAUUACCUGCGAUGAUUUUGUACUGGCUAUUGGUCAACAUCGUUUUCGUGGCACUUCUUCAUUAUGUAGAUCAACCAAAUCGUUAUUCUUGCAGAUUUCACGUGCAAUGGCAGCAAAAGCUUUGAAAAAAUCAGAUAAAUUUCAUAAUAUUGAAUCAAUUAUCGAUCAAUUUCAAGGAAUUUGUUUGAAUUGUAAAGAAAAACAAUACCGUCUUGCAUGUCAUUCGAUAAAAUUAGAUUCAAAUGGUUCAAUUAUCGAUGUUUCACAAAUCAUCAAUUAUCAUAAUAAUCAAUUGAAAUCACCAGAAGAAUUGGCUGCAAUUAAUUAUUCCAAUGAAUUUCAAUUCAACAUGGAAUCAUCAGCGCCGAAUUUGAUGAUUAAAUUAAUUCGUGAAUUUCAUCCAAAUAAAGGUACGAAUAAAAAACCAAAUGGAUUAUUGGAAAAUGAUAAAGAAUUAUUAUGGAAAUUAAUCACCGCUUUAUGUAAUGAUAUGAAUCGAUUAUUGGAUCAUGAAGAUAGAUGUGUACGAAUUUUGUCACCAUGUUAUGUUAUCGGUGAUAUACACGGUAAUCUUGAUGAUCUACUUACUAUGGAACAAGUUCUAUGGAAACGAAUACCAUGUGUUGGUAGUAAUUUCCUUUUCCUAGGCGAUUAUGUUGAUCGUGGCCAGUGGAGCGUUGAAUGUUGUUUAUAUUUGAUGGCAUUCAAAAUACUUUGUCCAAAUAAAGUGACCAUGUUACGUGGCAAUCAUGAAGUACGUAGUUUACAAAUAUUUUAUUCAUAUAAAAAAGAAUGUCUAAGAAAAUAUGGUGAAACAAUGGGUGAAAAAAUCUGGGAAAUUACAAAUCAAAUUUUUGAUAAAUUACCAAUUUCAGCAACAAUUGAUGGCACAAUAUUCUGUUCACAUGGUGGAAUACCAAAAUCGGCAAAAACAUUGCAAGAAAUAAAUCAAAUUCCCAGGAAAUUACCGGAACCAGAAAAAGAAUCACCCAUUGCAUGGGAAAUAUUGUGGUCAGAUCCAUGUCAUCAGCAACAAUUUAUUGAAAUGUGUAAUUUUUUCGACAUCGAUCAUCAUGAUACAAAUGGUUAUUUGAAUAAUAUACGCAGAGGUACUGCAUAUCAUUUUAAUGAAUUUGCAACGACAAAAUUCCUGGCCAAUAAUGGCCUAACAAAAAUGAUACGUGGACAUGAAGUACCGCAACAAGGUUAUCAAUUUCAUUUCAAUGAUGGUAAAUGUUUGACAAUAUUUUCUAGUUCACAUUAUUGUGGUAAUCAAAAUCAUUGUGCAUUGGUAUUGAUUGAUCAACAGCAACAAAUUGUUCGCAUUAUACGGUUAGAUACUUAUAAUAAAUUUUGAAAUUUUAAAAUUUUAAUUUAAAACAAAAUAAAAGACAAGAUUAUAUAAAUUGGAA